AUGCGCCUUGUCUUUAUGCGACAUGCCCCUAACUCCACGGAUAUGACACAAUCUGCCUUCGAAACUAGGAUCACCACCCAAUGCGUCCUAUGCGUCACUCUCAUUACGGCAUGCAUUCCCUGUUUGAAACCCUUCCUCGAUGCCUUCGAUAGCGGGAUGCUCGGCGUCGGCCUGCGGAAGCGCAACGACGGGAGCCAGCUUGACUCGUAUGGCAACUCAUACGCGUUGGGGAGUAUGAGCCGUGGGGCGAAGGAGGCCAGAACGCGCUCUCGAUACUUGGGCGAUGAGGUCGAGGGUCUCGGAACGUCCGCUGCAGCUUUUGCAGUUACCUCUCCUGGUAAACCACAGAACCUAGAGAAAAUAGGUUCUUCGAUGGGAAUUCAAAGAACAGAUCAGUGGAGCGUGAGGUGUGAGUAUGUCGAUACGAAGCCUGAGUCGUUUGGGGAGGGUUUGGAGGAGUCGGAGACAAGCGGUAGCCGAGUUGAGCAUUCACUGUGA